AACAGCAGCCGCAGUCGCAGCGCACAGAGGCAGCGUUUCUCUCAGUUUCGUCUUGUGUGUGAUAUUUGGGAUUCGGCAUUCCAUAGCCGCCAUUCCCAGCGCGUGGCUUCAGUCGUUUGGCAUUGGCCCGACAUGCCGGUACAAGCGUCGCAUCUCCGCAUUCGUACUCGCCAACAAUUGUUGUUGUUCGCGUCGCGUCAACAACAUCAACAAAUAAAUGGAAAAUAAAUAAUCUGGAUAUGUGCAAGUAAAUUUAUUGUAGCGGCUUGCGAUUAGUUCAUCAUCGGUUGCUAGUCAAUUAACGCCCAUUGCAGGCGUCGCGCGCGCGUUUUUUAGUGGGUGUCAACACCAAAUGUAUCUCAGAGAUACGAAAACAAUGCAGCAAUUCGCGUAAGUGCAGCACAACAACAAUACAAACCAAAGCAGCAAAACGUACAUUAUAAAAUACCAAAAGAAAUAAUAAGAUCUUUUAAACGAACAGCCAAAAUGAUGGCGCUCGAUGGCAAAGCGAUAAUUAAGGAGGAGAUUACCGACAAGGACGCAUAUGACGCAGCCGCGGCGGCGGCAGCAGCAGCGGCAGCGGUCGCAGUGGCCACAUCAACAGCUGCCGCAUCCGCGUCAUCGACAGCGGGCUCAUCAGCAGCAGCUGCGGCAGCCAACACAGCAGCAACUGCGGCUGCAAUUAGUCGACGGCUUAAAGCCAACAGCAGCAGCAGCAGCAGCAACAGCAGCAGCAGCAACGGCGACAAGACCUCCACCACCUCCUCCUCGGCCGGCAGCAGCAGCAGCAGCAAAGACAUGUCCAUCUCCGCCAGCAACACAGUCAGCAGCCAGCACACGCCCAAUGGCAGUCGGGAGCGUGAGCGGGAGCGGGAGCGUGAAAGGGAACGUGAGCGUGAACGUGAACGGGAACGCGAACGGGAUCGUCUUUGCCGCACGCCGCCGGACUCACCGCCCGAGCUGGCACGCAAUCUGACAGCUGCACCACGCUCACCGCACUCACCGCCACAGCAGCUGCAUCAUCACCAACGACCACAGCGCAAUGCGAGCACCUCGCCCGUGGUCAAUGGCGGCGGCGCCAGUUCAGCCACAUCGCCAACGCCCGGCUCACAGCAUGCCGCCUCCCUGGCCGCAGCUGCGGCAGCUGCAGCCGCUGCCGCUGCGCAUGUGGAGCAAGCACGUCUGCUAUCCAAGCUGCGAAAGUUCCUCGGCGCUCUGGUGCAGUUCUCACAGGAACUCGGCCAGCCGGAGGUGAGCGAACGCGUGCGUGCAUUGAUCCUGUCGCUGUGCAGCAGCACCAUAUCCCUCGAGGAGUUCCGGCUGGCUUUGCAGGAGGCCAUAAACCUGCCUCUGCGUCCGUAUGUAAUGCCCCUGCUCAAGAACAGUGUUGCGCUGAUGCAGCGCGAGAUUUUGGCACUGGCACGCGCCACCAACCAAUCGGCACUGCAGUACGUGACCAGCAAUGAGCAGGCCGUGAUGGAGCUUACGCCACAUGGCGUGGCCAGUGCUGAAUUCGCGGACAUAUUCGUACAGCUGGAGGCGCCACAGCCGGCGGCGUCCAAUGGCAAUGGGGUUGCGCUGUUCAAGCGCCGCUCCUCGGACUCCAUGAUGGAGCAUGGCGCACACAAUGGUCUGCAGGAGUGGGGCGAGUACAUGCCAAAUGCCGGCCAGCCAUAUGCGCCGCCCAGCAAACGCCUGGCAAUGCAUCCGGCGCCCACGCACUCGGUGCUCGCUUUCGACUACAGCGCCGCGGCCGCCGCCGGCGAGGUUGCUGGCGUUGCCGCAGGUUUUAUGCAGCGCGACGAGCGCGAUUUGCGCCUGGGCGAGUCGGGCCAGGCUGCCGGCAGGCACUCACUGCCUCAGGUGGCACGCGGUGGCAAUGCCCCGGCUGCUGGGGCAGCAGGUGCACCCGGCGGCGAGGAGGAGUGGAAGAACAUACACACCAUGCUUAACUGCAUCUCGGCCAUGGUGGACAAGACCAAACGAGCCAUCACCAUACUGCAACAGCGUGGCAUUGAGCCGCAGCACGGCAACAACAGCAGCCAGGAGCUGACGCCCGCCGCCAUGGCCGAACUGCGCCGCCAGACCGAGGAGAAGGUGGCCGAGUUCAAGCGAAAUGCCGAGGAUGCUGUCACCCAGGUCAAGCGGCAGGCUGUCAUCGAAAUCCAACGCGCGGUGGUGGCCGCUGAGACGCGUGCCGCGGAGAUCAUGACCCAGGAGCGACUGCGCAUGGAAAAGUUCUUCAUGGAGAUGAGCCGUCAUUCCAGUGGUGAGCGCGAUCUGGACAACAAAUCGCCAUCCAUAACCAGCGCACAGAAUGGCAACAAUUUGCAGCAACAAUGCUGGAACUGCGGUCGCAAGGCCACUGAAACCUGCUCCGGCUGCAACAUGGCACGAUAUUGCAGUGCCUCGUGUCAGUACAGGGACUGGGAUAGCCAUCAUCAGGUUUGCGGCAACUCAAGGGCUACCGAGCUGAGCGCCAAGCAUUUGCAUUCGGCCAGCGCCAGCGGCCUGCGCAGCGCCAUGGCCACCCGAUCACCACCCACGCCCACAACAGCAGCAGCAGCGGCAGCAGCAGCGGCGGCAGCUGCGGCCUCGGCACAUCUGCAGGCGGCUGCCGUUGCUGGCGUGCGGGAAGCGGCUGCGGCUGCGGCAGGCGGAACUGGAGGCGCUGGGGGCGUUGGCGUCGCUGGCGGCGGCGCCGCUGUCGCCGCUGGCACGCCCAGUGCGCUGGUGCCCAACGGACUGGGCUCCAAAUGACGCAUUCGCAUGAUGAAACCCAAGAAGAAAUACUUGUGCUAGUCAAAUUAAUGAAAAGCGUUCCGGCUCGAAUACGAAUACUAAAAACCCACAUAUAAUUAUGGAGUUCAACUAAAGUAAACCUUAACCAAAAACAAAAUGAAGUGAAAUUGUCAGCAUUAUCCAAAUAGUUUUCUAAAUGCACACAUAAAAUAUACUUCAAGUAAACGAGUUAGAAAUGUAAUUUGAAACUUAACUUUUUGCAUUUCAUUCAAAAUCAAAAAUUAAAAAAAAAAAUGACAAAAAAUUAAUAAAUAUAAAGCCGUUUAAUGAGUUAUGCGCGUGAGAAGUUGAUUUUAUAGAUUUUCCUUUCUAGUGCUUAAGCCUUUUCAUUAAAUGUUUAAGGUCAAGAAAGGUUCCAAUAAACUUUUCCACGCUCCAAACUCAUUAAUUUAUUAAUUUUUUAAACUUGUGUGAGCACUUAAAAUAAAAAAAAAUAAAUAAACAAUACAUAUAAAUAUUUGCACCACAUUAAAGUUUAUCGAAUUAAACGUAAAAACUACAAUAAAGGAAACUCUUAAUAAAUAUAAAUUGAAAAAAAAAAAAGAAAAGAAAAGCUGUAAGUAGUACUUAGGUCCCAAUCCAAAAAGCAGAGAAAGCGAAUACUUAAACUGAACAUAGUAGUUUUUAUUAUUAUACAUAUGAUAUAUUAUAAUUAUUAUUAUUAUUAUAUUAUUAUU